AUGUUGCGUGAGCCGUCGCCGCGCCCGCGCGCGCCCGGCUCACCGCUGCAAGCUGGACAUCAGUUGUUCCAUGGAAACACCGAAGCGCGACCAACGGAAAGCGAGACUGUCCACACCGCGGCGCAGGUCUCCGGACACGGACCGCCCGAACCGGCGGAGGACGACAGCGUGGUCGAGAUGAUCGGGAAGUAUUUCCUCCAGUUUGCGUCGCCGGGCCGACAGACGAGCGCAGCCCGGCGGGGGAGCGUCGACAGCUGCGACGAGAGGGAGAGCAACCCGCCUGUCGCCAACAUGGAGCCCGGAGAGUGGCUCCUGCAGCGGGACGUGAGCCGCCAGAUCGAGCUCUGCCUCACGGAGGCCAAAGCGUCCGCCCUCCACUGCCGGGUGCUGCUGCUGCCCCGCCAGAUGACGGCCCGGGUCGGCCGCGACGUGGUGCGCUCCGCCGCCGACGAGCCGUGCGGCCUCCGGGGCGCCUCCAUCAAAGUCUAUGUGGACGGCAAAGACGGCCUGACGCCAGCAGGGGGCGUCCUCCUGGACCCCAGCGUCACCCCGACCUUCGAACUGUCCGUGAUCUUCAGGGCGGAGCGGGACGGCGGCUGGCCGGCGCUCAAGACCAUGUUCGAGAGCCACAAGGUGCUGAAGCUGAGGCCGGAGUACCGGCUGGUGAAGCGGAAGCUCUACUCCUCCGCCAGCCCCGUCAUCCACGACUUCAACUAGAGUCUCACACCUGUUUCAACAUCUUUGUUGUUGUUGUUUCUCAAUUUCAUGCACUGGAGUUUUGCUACGUUUCUAUUUUCUAUCUCAAUAAUAUGGAUUGUUUUUUUCCUGUAUGAAUGUCUGGCUCGGAGCAGGAAGUCCAACCAGUUGAACACAGUAUUUUUUUGCACAGAAUGGAUGAAUGUUAAAAUGUCGAUAAGCUUCCUUCCAGGAUCGGGCGGGUCUCAUUCCUGAAUUGUGCUGUACUUUUUUAAAAUAUAUUUAUAAAAUUGUUAAAAAAAUUAAAUGUUCACCACUA